GAAUGUCCGGGUCUAUCUGGACAUCUCCAUUGGCAACCGGACUGGGGGCCGCGUGGUCAUCGAGUUAUUCUCGGAUGUCACGCCGCGCACUGCGGAGAACUUUCGGGCGCUGUGCACCGGCGAGUUCGGGCAGGGCCGCACCACGAAGAAGAAGCUGUGUUACGAGGGCUGCAGCAUCUUCCGCUCUGUGAAGGGCUCCUACCUGCAGUCCGGGGACUUCCAGUUCAACAAUGGCGACGGCGGCGAGAGCAUAUAUGGGGGUACGUUUGCGGACGAGGACUUCUCCCGCCGGCACACGCAGGCGGGUGUUCUGAGCAUGGCGAACAAGGGCCGCAACACCAACGGUUCUCAGUUUUUCAUCACGCUGAAGAAACACCCGCAGCUGGACAACAAGCACAUCGCCUUCGGCCAGGUGGUCGACGGCAUGGACAUCAUCCGCGCGGUGAGCCAGGUGCCGGUGGACAGGGACGAGAAGCCCCGCGUGCCCGUCACUAUCGUCGGCUGCGGGCAGGUAGACAGGAAGGCCCACAGCGGCACCAGCCUGAACGAGGCCCUCGGCUCGCAGACAGCCAGGCUGCAGGAGGACGCGGCCCCCACCAAAGCCAACGCGGCCGCCCAGGGGCGGGCUGUUCUCGCCGGCAAGGCGGGGGGCGCGGAGGUGCCCGAGGCGGCGGACUCCCUCGGCAAGAGCGAG